AUCAAAUCAUACCUUUGACAAAACAAAAAUGGAUCAAAUAAACACUGAUCUGAGCAAACAACAAGAAGGUGGCUGGAAAAGGUCCAAAACAAAGAUUGUGUGCACUCUUGGACCCGUUUCGAGAUCCAUUCCCAUGGCCGAAAAGAUGUUGAGGGCUGGUAUGAAUGUUGCUCGAUUCAAUUUCUCUCAUGGGUCUCACGAGUACCAUAAGGAAACGCUCGAUAAUCUUCGUACCGCCAUGAAAAACACCGGUAUUGAAUGCGCCGUCAUGCUUGAUACAAAAGGUCCAGAAAUUCGAACCGGUUUUUUGAAAGAUGGGAAGCCCAUACAGCUGACCCAGGGUCAAGAAAUCACUAUUUCAACUGAUUACAACAUCAAAGGUGAUGAAAAGAUGAUAUGCAUGAGCUACCCAAAACUAGCCCAUGAUGUGAAACCAGGAAGUGUCAUCCUCUGCUCAGACGGCACCAUUACGUUCACGGUCCUUUCAUGCGACACCGAAAAGGGUCUGGUUCAUUGUAGGUGCGAGAACUCGUGGACCCUUGGCGAACGCAAGAAUGUUAACCUUCCAGGGGUCAUUGUUGACCUCCCAACUUUAACCGAAAAGGACAAAGAAGAUUUGCUUAAAUGGGGGGUUCCUAAUAGGAUUAACAUGAUUGCUUUGUCUUUUGUCCGAAAAGGUUCGGAUUUGGUCGAGGUUCGGAAGGUGCUUGGAGAACACGCCAAAAACAUCGCGCUUAUCUCAAAGGUGGAGAAUCAAGAAGGGGUAUCGAAUUUCGACGACAUUUUAGAGAACACCGACGGGUUCAUGGUGGCACGAGGCGAUCUAGGAAUGGAGAUUCCGAUCGAGAAAAUAUUUUUAGCACAAAAGCUCAUGAUCUACAAAUGCAACCUGAAAGGAAAGCCCGUUAUAACUGCGACCCAGAUGCUCGAGUCAAUGAUCAAAUCUCCGAGACCAACCCGUGCUGAAGCCACAGAUGUAGCCAAUGCUGUUCUAGACGGGACCGACUGUGUCAUGCUGAGUGGUGAGUCUGCAGCCGGUGCAUACCCUGAAAUCGCGGUUCAAACCAUGGCUAAGAUAUGCAAGGAAGCCGAAAGCACGGUUGAUUACUCGCUUGUUUAUAAACGAAUCGCUACAAACAUACCUGUACCCAUGAGCCCACUUGAAAGCUUAGCUUCUUCCGCUGUUCGAAUGGCUAACACGGCUCGUGCUAGUCUCAUACUGGUUCUAACUAGAGGCGGGACCACGGCUAAACUGGUGGCUAAGUACCGACCUCCUAUCCCUAUACUGUCGGUUGUGGUCCCUGAAGGGAAGACUGGUUCCGCUGAGUUGUCAGCGAGUGACGAAGCCCCGUAUAGACAGAGUUACAUCGUUCGGGGUUUGGUUCCAGUUCAGUGUCCAAGGUCGGCUAAAGAUUCAAACACUGAGUCAACCGCUGAAGCGCUGGAAUUCGGGUUGCAGCAUGCUAAAAAAGUUGAACUUUGCAAGGCGGGUGACGCGGUUGUGGCUCUGCACCGCAUUGGAACCUCGUCUAUAAUCAAGAUCGUGACCGUUAAGUGAUGGGCUUCGCGUUCGCCUCAAGUUUCUGGUCGUUUUCUUCGAAUAAUAAAUAACUUUUUGUUGCUUGAUGGCUAACUAGAUUUGACAUUUACUCGGUUUGGUUUGGUUUCGUUUGGUUCUAGCCUAAAGCCCAACCCUGACUUAUGACCCGAAAUCCGUUUGGUUUUCUGGGUUUGAUUUUUCGGGUUGGGCCGUAUGGGCCCUUAAACUCAAUUCCAAUCACAUGUGUUUUAACAACAUAAUGGACUCUUAUCUGCACAUUUCAACUA